CGGAAGUGGCGUGAGGCACCGGAUAUGGGGCGGGGUCUGCUGCAAGGGAGUUUUCUAAGCUGAGGAACUGGCGGGCGAUUGCGAUGGAGUCGGUCGCUUCGGAGAUUUCUCCAGCUUCAGAGAAUGAGCACUUCCAAGAGAACCCAGAAUCAAACAAUGGUGUGUAUACAUCCUUUAUGAAGUCUCAUCGCUGCUAUGACCUGAUCCCCACGAGCUCCAAGUUGGUUGUGUUUGAUACUUCCCUGCAGGUAAAGAAAGCUUUCUUUGCCCUGGUGACUAAUGGUGUUCGAGCUGCCCCUCUGUGGGAUAGUAAGAAGCAGAGUUUUGUGGGCAUGCUGACCAUCACUGACUUCAUCAACAUCCUGCACCGAUACUAUAAGUCAGCCUUGGUACAGAUCUAUGAACUGGAAGAACACAAGAUAGAGACUUGGAGAGAGGUUUACCUGCAAGACUCCUUCAAGCCAUUGGUCUGCAUUUCUCCAAAUGCCAGUUUGUUUGAUGCUGUCUCUUCACUAAUUCGAAAUAAGAUCCACAGGCUUCCAGUGAUUGACCCAGAGUCAGGCAACACCCUGUACAUCCUAACUCACAAGCGCAUCCUCAAAUUCCUCAAGUUGUUUAUCACUGAGUUCCCCAAGCCAGAAUUCAUGUCUAAGUCUCUGGAAGAGCUGCAGAUUGGCACCUAUGCCAACAUUGCUAUGGUCCGCACUACCACGCCUGUCUACGUGGCUCUAGGCAUCUUUGUACAGCACCGAGUUUCCGCCUUGCCUGUGGUGGAUGAGAAAGGGCGUGUUGUGGACAUCUACUCCAAGUUUGAUGUGAUUAAUUUGGCAGCAGAAAAGACCUACAACAACCUAGAUGUGUCUGUGACGAAAGCUCUGCAGCACCGGUCCCACUACUUUGAGGGUGUACUCAAGUGCUAUCUCCACGAGACGCUGGAGACCAUCAUCAAUAGACUGGUGGAAGCGGAGGUUCACCGUCUGGUGGUGGUGGAUGAGAAUGAUGUGGUCAAGGGCAUUGUGUCGCUGUCCGACAUCCUGCAGGCUCUGGUGCUCACAGGUGGAGAGAAGAAGCCCUGAGCAUGGGGAGGGACAGGCAGCUCCAGUCCCUUCCUUGGCCCCUCAUUGCCUCCCGGAAGCUCUGGGAAUCAUGAAAUCCUGGAGGAACUGAGUCUGUUCCCUCAGGAACUCCAUAGCCACUGUAUGGAACUAGAGGAGACAGGGCAAUGAAGAGAAAGAACUUUAGCUUCCCUUGCCAUCAUGUGUACAUUUGAGAAAACGUUCAGCCUAGCCAAUCCUAGAACCCGUGUCCUUAGACUUGGCCUGCUUAUGGGUGAACCACGGGCUUUGUGCUCCUCAGGCAGAUUCUGAUCUCUAAGAGAUCCCUCCACCUCCCCGUGCUCCACCUGUCUCUGCGCUCACUCUCUGCAAUGGUCUUCUUUUUUUUUUUGUUUGUUUGUUUUUUUGUUUUUGUUUUUGUUUUUUGAGACAGGGUUUCUCUGUGGCUUUGGAGCCUGUCCUGGAACUAACUCUUGUAGACCAGGCUGGUCUCGAACUCACAGAGAUCCGCCUGCCUCUGCCUCCCGAGUGCUGGGAUUAAAGGCGUGCGCCACCACUGCCCGGCUUGCAAUGGUCUUCUUAAAAAUAUAUCUAUUCAUCCUGUUUCAUUUCUGUGGAGGAGGUUGAGUCCAUUUAAUGUCAUUCCUUCCCAUGAAUCUUGUGGGGAGGUGCAUGUCUGGGUUCCUGUUGUGUAUGCAUGUGAAGGCAGAUGGCUCUGUGGAGGAGGGCAAUGGGUAGGUAGCCAAGAUUAAAGCUUUUUGUGGCAAAUCUAAUUAAAUGAUGAGAUUUUCAUCGUGGUAUUGCAGUGUUUGAUUUCUGCAUUUGAUAGACACGUUCGACAACCUUAUCCAUGAAGCUGCUUCAACUC